UAACGACCUGACAACGGGGGGCCGGCGACUGAUGCAGACUCGUCCGGAAUGUGGCUACAGCGCCAUCGGCACAGUGGGGCUCAAGAGACCUCUGUUGGGGUCGCUGAAAGACCUCAUCAAUGGACCCAGUCUUCAAGAGAGGGCAGUCCACCCAGGCUCCACUGAUAUCAACUCAGGCUUUACGGAUCCUCGCGGCCCUUCAACAGAAAGGCCUGCAAAUGCGGAUCCAAGUUCGGUAUUGCAUCAUUCGAUAGAGGUUGCAGAUGUGGUUUCACAGACUAAUUCAGUACUGUUCGCUGUUGACAUUUCUUGUGAGCAGACAACUCCAACUUGCCUCGUUCCCAAUAUCAAGACCCCUUCGCCACCAUGUCACACAGCAGCACCUCACUACCCGGAAGAUCUCAGCCACGCACCCAUACCCCCAGCCAGGGCCCGACAGGGCAGUUCGGCCCGGGUUUCGCUCCGCUGAAUAAGCGUCAAAAGGGAAGUUCGGAAGGCACGCCCCAAGGCAUCGGCGACCAGGCUGCCCUAGACCAUGGUUUCGGCCCGGGACUGCGUGGCUGUGAAUUCACCAAGGAGUCAUUGAUCACACUCAAGACCGAUCCAACUCCCGAUCAAAGCUUUGCCUGUCUACAUACAAUCAAGAGAUCGGAGACCCCAAUCCCCACACAAGCCGUUCCAGAUCAGUCACAGGAGUUGACCGAGGGCUCUUCGAUUGAUCCUAGCAUCAUAAGCGAUCUCCAGGAUAUAUAUAUAAUGGAAGAAGAAGAAGCACUAAUGCAGGAGGCGAUACGAUUGUCGUUGCUGGAUGCAUAUCCAUCACCACAAACCGAUCAAGUCCCGAUUCUGGCCGUCCCAAAUGCAGCGCUCUCUGUUUCGACCCACGGCCUCGAGGCCUCGGUUGGGGGCUCGUUCGAUUUUACUGAAGACACAGGCGCUGAUUUCGAAUGGGUGGACGAAUCACAAAUUGAUAAGAAAAAGUCUGUGGCGGACACAUACGAUGAGGAUCUUGAACUUCAGCGUGCCAUUGAAGAAAGCGCAAGAGAAUAUCGGAAUAUGAUGAGCCGACGGACACCACUCGAUGCAACGAGUCCAUCACCUGAUGACGAGUUUAUCGCAUCAUGUACAUCAUGGUCAUUUAUAAUGACUCGAGAGGAGAUUGAGGAGAUCGCCCAAAGUCCAACAAAGAAGGGAAAGGAGAAGGCAUUUUAGGAAACUCGAGGCAUGGCGCUCGGGAAGAAUAUAAUUGGCCCCUUGAGCCAUGUCAAAUUGGCAAAGGCAUACACAGACCAGCAAAGUUGUGAAUAAAUAUGGGAUAUGAG